GUCUGAAGCGUGUUUACAUAAAAACAACGUCCAAUCAAAUUACUUAAGUUUAUUUAUAAUCAAAUUAAUAACUUUUUCAUAAGUUUAUAUUUCAUAACGCAAUCAUGUUCAUGGCAUUUAAGGGGCGACAAAUUGCUGCCACACUUAUUUCUUCGACCGGCGCCUUGCGAUUUCGCUUUACACAUAACUGUUUUGUUUUAAACAAAAAGAUGAAACUCGCUCCAACUGUGAAGCUAAACAAUGGCCACGAAAUGCCUAUAUUGGGCCUGGGAACCUACCAGUUAAAGAAAACACGUUGUGAGAAUGCAGUGCGCUAUGCACUAGAAUCGGGCUAUAGGCACAUAGACACCGCCUACCUUUACGGCAAUGAAGCGCUGAUUGGAAAAGUUCUUAAAGGUCUGAUAGGAGAGGGAAAGAUAAAGCGCAGUGAGGUGUUCCUUACCACCAAGCUGUGGGACAUCUACCACGAACCCGAGCGUGUGCGCUAUGCCUGUGAGCUGCAGCUGAAGCUGCUCGGCCUUGACUACAUCGAUCUGUACCUGAUGCACUCGCCCGUGGGUGUCAAAUAUGUCACGGACGCUGAUCUAAUGCCACACGAAGGCGACAAGUUGUGCACCAAUGCCGUGGACUUUGUGGACACCUACAGGAGCAUGGAGCAACUUGUUGAUCGAGGACUGGUGCGCAGUCUGGGCGUGUCCAAUUUUAAUAUUCUCCAAUUGGAAAGGCUCUGGCAGAGUUGUCGCAUCAAGCCAGCGUCGCUGCAGAUAGAAUGUCACCCGGAAUUGAUUCAACUGCCGCUGCUGCAGUUUUGCAAGGCGCGCGGCAUCGCUGUCGUUGCCUACUCGCCCCUGGGCCGCCCGAAGACCAGCAAAGCCCUGCCCUCAUUCUACACAGACGCCGAGCUGCUGGCAAUAGCACACAAAUAUGGCAAGACGCCCGCACAAUUGGCACUCAGAUAUUUGAUAGACAUUGGCACGUUGCCCAUACCAAAGGCGGCUCAGGAGUUGCACAUUGCCGAGAAUUUGGAUAUCUUUGACUUCAGCUUAGCGCCGCCGGAGCUCGAGCAGCUGGGAAAACUCAAUCGAGGGCUGCGCAUUUGGAAGUUUCUGAAAGCAAAAGAUCAUCAGCAUUAUCCAUAUGAGACUUAGCACUUACCUGGCAAUAAAUUUGCUCAUUU